AUGGAAGCGGCGGGGCUUAUGAAUGACUUUCCAUGUGUGGUCAUUCGAGGCAUCUAUGACUAUGCUGACUCUCAUAAAAAUAAGGAAUGGCAAGGAUACGCGGCGGCAGUCGCAGCAGCCUAUGCUAAAGAGCUGCUUUUAGUGGUUCCAGUCAAUCAGGUUGAUGAGACCCGUAUAGCACAAGACACUCUCGGAAACUCUGUGGAUCGCUUUAUUAUCCCAUUAGACCUCACUGCCGUGCCUCUGAUUGAAAGCUUUGUGGGGCGGCAAGCCGAGCUAGAGACCGCCUUUGGCAAUAUUUGUAGCCGACAAAUGCCUAUCGCGAUCCUCCAUGGGCUUGGGGGCAUAGGAAAAACACAGCUCGCGAUCCGUUUUGCACGAGAUCACCAACAUGAAUUUACUGCUAUAUUCUGGUUGAAUGGCAAGGAUCGAAGCACACUUUUGCAAUCUCUUAGCUCUGUCUUGCCACGACUACCUAGACACUCCCAGGAAAACGGGGCGAUCGAUGACGAGGAGCUAGAGCAACGAGCGAAGUAUAUGUUGAACUGGCUGGCAAAAAAUGGCAAUUCACGCUGGCUACUGAUUUUUGAUAAUAUCGAUCAAUACUCUCCCAUCACCAGCGGCAUUGGUGAUGAAUAUGACAUUGGAGCAUUCUUCCCUUCAGCAGAUCACGGGUCUAUUCUUAUUACCUCUCGGCUAUCAGGCUUAAGUGAGCUAGGAAAGUCCUUUCCAGUCGGUCGGCUUGAGACAACGGACGCAAUUCAACUACUCUUACAGAAUAGUGGCCUACUAGCGGAUGCCACUAAGACCCUUCAGGAUAGUCUAGUUACCGUUGCCCUCAUUAAUCGCCUCGACGGACUGCCAUUGGCGGUUGUGAUCGCGGCAGCAUUUAUGCGUCAAACCGGAACCAGUAUCACCGAAUACGUACAAUAUUACCAGCAAUCCUGUCACAAUCUAAUCCUGGUCGUUAGUAUCAACAGGGCAACAUAUUGCAAACGUGGCUCAUCUCAUUUCAUGACGUACAAAAGCGGGACCCGAGCGCAGCACUACUGCUACUACUGCUUGCUCGCUUCGAUAGCCGAGAUAUUUAGUGCUUCUCAUAGCAGCGAUGUCCCUAGUUGGCUUGAAGAGAUAUUAUUAAGUGGACUCUCAUUCAAAAAUCGGGUGAAACAUCUCAUCGGAUUUUCUCUUCUUGAGGCUAAACAACAAGAGGGAAGCUAUGCGAUGCACCCGGUAGUACAGUCCUGGUGCCAUCAUGUUGCUCGCACGGAUGGGAUUGUGAAUCCCGGCCAGAUUUGUGAAAUAGCACUAAUAUCGGUUGGAUGGACGGUCCCUAGUGCAAGCGAACGGAAUUACUCAGAGCUUCAGCAACGGCUUAUUCCACACGCGAAUUAUGUACGUCUUGGGGAAAUGUUUGGUAAUGAUAUUGCAGGAUGGGAAGCAUUUCAUGGAUUAGGGAAUCUCUACAAAGACCAGGGAAAGCUGAAGGAAGCUGAGGAGAUGUACCAGCGAGCUCUGGCCGGUAAGGAGAAGGCCCUUGGUCCAGAUCAUACAUCCACUCUCAAUACUGUGAACAACCUUGGUCUUCUCUACGCUGACCAGGGAAAGCUGAAGGAAGCCGAGGAGAUGUACCAGCGAGCUCUGGCCGGCUUGGAAAUGGCCCUUGGUCCGGAUCACAUAUCCACUCGUCAUGUAGCCAACAACCUUGGGGUUCUCUACAAAGAUCAAGGGAAGCUGGAAGAAACCGAGGGUCAUACCGAGAAGGAGUGCAAGAGAGCCAAGAUGAUGCACAGCUCAAGCCCAACAAAGUACGGCGGGUGGUAG